GGCUGGGGGUGAAGCAGGGCGGGCAGCGGCGCCGUGCUGGCCCCGGCGCCCUCCGUGCCACGCCGCAGCGCCCGGCAAACGAGGGGUUCGCUCCUGUCUCGGUUGUGCAGGACGAAACGAGUCUGUUCUUCUCCCUCCAUUCCCAGCCCCUCUGCCUGGAGAGAGAAGUGCCCGACCCCUGCGAGGGGGCAGGCCUGACCAGCUUUGUACAGGAAAAGUGCUUGGAAAUCUGCACUAGCUUCUCUGAGCAACAGUGUCUGGGAGUUCUCCAAGGUUUUAACCUCAAGAGGAUUACAGUACUAAGAGCAAAGGAGCGCAGAGAAGCAGAGUGGCUGGAUGACUUUGGGGGUGUCUCAGAACUAACAGUGAAAAGACACCUGGGAAGCUGAUAAGAUGUCAUCUCUACCAAGGAGGGCGAAAUGUGUAGCCAAAGCCCCUACAUCAGAAGAACUACCUUCGUUUCUUAAUUCGAGCUCUGAAUCAGAGGAGGAGGAAGAGGAGGAAUGGGAGCCAGAAAACAAAAUUGCCAGGAGACCUCGUUUGCCAACGAAAACUGAGGCAAAAACUAAAAAAGCUGCUGCUCCACGAUCAACUGUGGCCAGGAAAAUGGUCAAGAAGGUAGCAAUAAAAGAGGAAAUGGAUGUAUCCUUCCCUAAUGCACCUCUCGAAGAUAAUAAAAUGCAACUUCAAAAACCUAAGGAAGAAAAUGCAGGCACUAAACCAAAAAGUUUAAAUCGAGCACCAGAAGUGCCUAAGAAAAUAGAAAUAAAUGCAUUCCAAGGGAGAAACCAAAACAGUUCAGUGAAUGAUGAAAAACCCUCAACAAGUGUUCCUGUAGUGAAACAAGAGAAAUGCGAGGAAGAGUCUGCAUUUGAUGAACCACCCUCUAAAAAGAUUAAGUUGAAUGCAUGUCCUGAAGGAAAGCCAGUUAAAAAUCUGGGAGGCAAGAAAAUAAAAGAAGAAUUUGAAAUGAACUGGGAUAUUGUACAGGCCUUGUCAGAAACAACAAACGUUGAACCAUGGGUGUGUGCCAACUUGAUCUGGCUCUUUCAAGAGGAAAACACGAUUCCUUUCAUCGCUCGCUACCGCAAGGAGCUCGUCAAUAACCUGGAGGCCGACGCCCUGCGGGAGGUGCAGCACGCCCUGGAGGAGCUGCGUACCGUUGCAAAGAAGACACACACAAUGAUACAGAAGUUGAAGAAAGAAGGAAAGUUAUCCAGUUGCCUUUUAAAAGGAUUGCUAAAUUGUAGAACUUUGGAAGAAUUAGACCAUGUGUCUGCCCCUUAUAAAACUGGGAGUAAAGGCACCAAAGCCCAGAGGGCCAAGCAGUUGGGAUUAGAACCUGCUGCUCUCUCCCUCCUGCAGAAUCCUGUGGAACUCAAUCUCUUUUCUUACAUUAGACCCAACACCAAAGGGCUUGCAAAUAUCCAGGAAGUAGAGGCUGGAGUGCAGCAUAUUUUAGCAGACAUAUUUGCUAAAGAUAAAGAUGCACUGGAUUUCAUCAGGAAAUUAUGCCAGCAAAGGUACAUUUCCAUCCAGUCGACAUUGGCAAAAGUGUCAUCCAAAAAUGGAAAUGAAAAAGAUAUCAAUAAAUUCCAACUGUACCAUGAGUUUUCUUGUAAUAUAAAGAAUAUUCAACAUCAUCAGAUUCUGGCCAUUAACCGAGGGGAAAAUCUGAAGAUCCUGACAGUGAAGGUCAACAUUCCUGACGGGGUGAAGAAUGAAUUCUGUUGGUGGUGUGUCAAUGAAAGAUGGAAACCAAAGCAAUUUUUAAAACCAGACUUUAUGAGGCUACUACGGAGUUCUGUAGAGGAUGCAUAUAAACGCCUUAUAUAUCCUCUUCUCUGUAGGGAAUUCAGAUCCAAGUUGACAUCUGAUGCAGAGAAAGAGUCUGUGAUGAUGUUUGGGAGAAAUCUCCGUCAGCUGCUUCUGACCAGCCCUGUGAGGGGCCGUGCUUUGAUGGGAGUAGAUCCUGGCUACAAACAUGGCUGCAAGCUGGCAAUUAUUUCACCAACCAGUCAGAUACUCCAUACUGAUGUAGUUUACUUGCAUUCUGGUCAAGGAUUUCGUGAAGCUGAGAAGAUCAAGAGGCUUCUGCUACAGUACAACUGCAGCACUGUUGUGAUUGGCAAUGGCACGGCCUGCAGAGAAACAGAAGCUUACUUUGCUGACUUAAUUAUGAAGAAAUAUUUUGCACCACUGGAUGUUGUUUACUGCAUUGUCAGUGAAGCGGGAGCGUCGAUCUACAGUGUCAGUCCAGAGGCGUCCAAGGAAAUGCCAGACCUAGACCCUAACCUAAGAAGUGCAGUUUCUAUAGCUAGACGCGUCCAAGACCCAUUAGCUGAGCUAGUGAAAAUUGAGCCCAAACACAUAGGAGUUGGAAUGUAUCAGCAUGAUGUAUCACAGACUUUGCUCAAAGCAACUCUGGACAGUGUGGUUGAAGAGUGUGUCAGCUUUGUAGGAGUUGAUAUUAACAUCUGCUCAGAAAUACUAUUAAGACACAUUGCAGGACUGAAUACUAACAGGGCUAAAAAUAUAAUUGAAUGGCGAGAGAAGAACGGACCAUUUAUAAACCGAGAACAGCUCAAAGAAGUUAAAGGUUUGGGUCCCAAAACCUUCCAACAAUGUGCUGGCUUCAUCAGAUUCAAUCAAGAAUAUAUAAAGACUUUUUGCAGUAAUAAGAAAAAUGAACUUGGAAGUCGUGCACUUUUGACUAAAGCAGGUGCACUGGGUAAAAAGAAGAGUAAACUACCAUCAUGUGCCUCACAGCAGCCCAAUCCUUUGGACCAAACUUGCAUUCAUCCAGAGUCUUACAACGUUGCAAUGAGGUUUUUAUCUCUCAUUGGAGGAAAUGCAAAUGACAUAGGAAAAUCAGAUAUGCAGCAAAAAGUAAAUGUAGUAAUUGAAAAGGAAGGACUGGAAGGCACAGCCAAAAGGCUCAAUACUACUGUGCACACACUGCAGCUGAUCAUUGAUGGACUCACCCAGCCUGAAGGCUAUGACAUCCGAACAGAUUUUGAUAAACCUGACUUCAAGAGAAGCAUAGUCUGCAUGGAAGACUUAAGUGUCGGUGCUGUUUUGACUGGAAAAGUUGAAAAUGCAACGCCAUUUGGAGUUUUUGUUGAUAUUGGUGUGGGAAAAUCAGGUUUGAUUCCAGUGCGAAGCAUAACAGAAGCAAAACUCUCUAAAGUGAAGAAGAGAAGAAGCCUGGGCCUGGGUCCUGGAGAAAGAGUGGAAGUUAAAGUGCUUAAUGUUGAUAUUCCUCGCCUGAGGAUAACAUUGGAUCUUGUGCGUGUUUUAUGAGAGGGGUUUCAGUAACUGAGCCUUGACUUUAAAGGAUAAGUAAUGUCAGCAAGGUUAUGGAGAGUCAGGCAUUUAUUGAAUGUUGAACACAUUUUGAAACCUUCAGCGCCUUGCCUUUUUUUUUUUUUUAAUUUUAGUUUUACCACAUUUCUUGUAUCCUUUCUGUUAAUAAUUCUUGGAACACU